AUGGAGGAUGUUAUGUUAGACCCUGCUGUGCGCUAUUCUGUGGACUGUAGCCUCAGCCAGCCUGUGUAUCUGACCAAGCAGCUAGACACGCUACGGCACGUGAACGAGCAGCACGCCAAAGUGUACGAGCAGCUGGACCUGACUGCCCGAGACCUGGAGCUGACCAACCAGAGGCUGGUGCUGGAGAGUAAGGCUGCCCAGCAGAAGAUCCAUGGGCUGACAGAGACCAUCGAGCGUCUUCAGACCCAGGUGGAGGAGCUGCAAGCCCAGGUGGAGCAGCUGCGGGGCCUGGAGCAGCUGCAGGUGCGCCGGGAAAAGCGGGAACGCAGGAGGACCAUCCACACGUUCCCCUGCCUCAAGGAACUGUGCAGCAGCCCCCGGUGCGAGGAUGCCUUCCGCCUGCACAGCUCCUCGCUGGAGCUGGGCCCUCGGCCCCUAGAGCAGGAGAACGAGCGGCUGCAGACCUUGGUGGGGGUGCUACGUUCCCAGGUGAGCCAGGAACGCCAGCGCAAGGACCGGGCUGAGCGAGAGUACACAGCGGUACUACAGGAGUACACAGAGCUGGAGGGUCAGCUGUGUGAGAUGGAGGGCUGCCGCCUGCGGGUGCAGGAGCUGGAGGCCGAGCUGCUGGAGCUACAGCAGAUGAAGCAGGCCAAGACCUACCUGCUAGGCCGGGAUGACCACCUGGCUGAGGCCCUGCUAGCCCCCCUGGCCCAGGCCCCUGAGGCUGACGAUCCCCAGCCAGGAAGUGGGGACGGUUGCGGAGGCCAGGAUGGGAUCUCCUCUCCCACGGCCUCCCCCGGACACGCAGUGCGGAAGAGCUGCAGCGACACCGCGCUCAAUGCCAUCGUGGCCAAAGACCCAGCCAGCAGGCACGCAGGCAACCUCACCCUGCAUGCCAACAGCGUGCGCCGGCGGGGCAUGUCCAUCCUUCGAGAGGUGGACGAGCAGUACCACGCGCUGCUGGACAAGUACGAGGAGCUGUUGAGCAAGUGCCGGCAGCACGGGGCCGCGGUGCGGCACGCAGGCGUGCAGACCUCCCGGCCCAUCUCCCGGGACAGCUCGUGGAGGGACCUGCGGGGUGGCGAGGAUGGCCAAGGGGAGGCCAAGACGGGUGAGAAGAGUCUGAGCCAACACGUGGAGGCUGUAGACAAGAGGCUGGAGCAGAGCCAGCCCGAGUACAAGGCGCUCUUCAAGGAGAUUUUCGCCAGGAUCCAGAAGACCAAGGCGGACAUCAAUGCCACCAAAGUCAAGACGCACAGCAGCAAGUGACCCCUUCCCAGCCCGCAGCCUCCCCUGGGCUCCCGGCUCUGGGGUUCCUCAUGCCUGGCCCGCCAUCUUUGUUGAGGAAAGGGACCCUUUAGCCACACUGUGUUAUGAGGUGAGGCCGCUCUGGUGUGGGGAUCUAGCAUAUUCCUGGCUCAUGGAGUGGCCUGCCUGCCCUGUCUUCUAAGAUCCCUUGGCCACCCCGCUUCAGCCUGAAGGCACAGCUCAGUUUCAAAGCCAAACACCCCCAUUCCCUGCACCCCAGGCUUCCAGGCUCCGAGCCUCUCUCUCAGAGGGUGGCUGAAUGGCAGGAAGCAACUCUGGCUCAGCUGACUUUGUUUUCCCUUCCCCAAAGUUGUUUUUCUGAGAGAUUUGUAAUGCAAGU